AACCAACCAAGGGCCCCUCCUCACAUUAUUUUGGGCUAUUGAGACAAAAGUGAGGGGUUCCCUCCACCCACCUCCAAUCAGUUCGUCCAUCCCACAAGAGAGGUGAGAGAAGCUCUGCAAUACUCCAUUCUUUGCAGCCAUUUACGCACCAAGAACAAAGGAGGAAGGAGGAGGGGAAAAGAGAAGAGAAAAGUUGGUUUUGGAGAGGAAAACUUGUGUUUAGCAAGGAACUUUCAUGGAGUUGAAAAGGUCGCCGGAGUUGUCGCCGGAGUUCGUUGAAGUUCGCCGGAGUUUCGCCGGAGCUAAAUCGGGAAGGCUAGAACUUCAUAAGCUUCAUUAAGGUAUGGAGGCUCUCUUUGCCAUGAAAAAGAAGAAGGAGAGGGCUCAGGUCAAGAAGAAGGAGAUAAAGGAGCCCUCGGGCCAAAAGCCCAUUGAUGAGGUCUUCCUGAAGGAGGUUGUGGAGCCUUCUGCUGAUGCUGCCCUUGCUACUGAGGCCGGGGGGCCGGAGGCCGAGGUGGCCGUCAAGAAGAAGAAGGGAGGCAAGGGGUGGAGCCCCGAUCAAGAGACAGAAGGUUGCCGGGGGCACCAUUGGAAUGGUGGCCCCCCUCAUAGUAAUUGAUGAUCAGCCCUCCGCUGACUCCCCGGCCGGUGACACUCCGAUGGCUCAGACAGAUCUUCCCUCGGAGGACUUGCCUCGGGAGAUUCUUCAGCUCUCCCUCACCUCGGGGGCAUCUGUGCUGCACGGUUCAGCUGAACCGAUGUCUUUCCUGAGGGGGAUUACCUCGAUGAUGGAUAAGCAAGCCCUCUCCACCUACGACGACGACGCCCUCGAGAGCAAGGCCCUUCGAUCAUCUCUGGCUACGUGUAUAGUCCUCGGUGGGCAGGCCCGAAGGCGUGAGGAGUGGCGCCGUCAUAAGGCCGAGCUAGAGGAGUCCGUGAAGGAGCUGAUCCAUGACAAGGACGCUCACCUUCGGGCGGUGUGCAAGCUGGAGGACGCCCUUCGGCAAGCGGAGCUGAAGCUGAAGAAGGCCAGAGAUGACGGCAAGGCCGAGGGCAAGGCAGAGGCCGAGAGGGUUGCGGCCGAGGAGAGGAAGCAAGCGGCUGAGGACGCCGAAAAUGCCAAGGCCGAAGCUGUUGUCAAAGCCCGAGAAGAGGCCAUCGAUGGGUUCAUCUCCGAGGGUUGGAAGGCCGAGGUCCAGAUGGAGUGGGUGGCUUCCGUGGUGAAGGCCACGAUCGAGGAGUGGGUGAAAGGCCCCGGGCUCGACUGGAUGAACGAGAGGGGCGACACCUAUUAUCAAGCCGGCGAGUUCUUCACCCAGCAUCUGGUUUACUGGAGGCUCGCCUGGCAUUUCGGCACUUCCCUGGAGGAGUUUGACCCCUCGGUGUAUGGCCUUCCCCCGUUGCAGCCAGAUGUGAGAGUCCCCCUCCCCGAGGGCGACGAGCGCCCGGUGAUUCAUGAUUCUAUGAUGAUGAGCGGCGAUGAUGAUGGUGCUACCGUCGGGGACAAUGCCGUCGAAGAAGAAAUCUCCUCCAAACCUGCCGCAGGGACCGUCGAUGAAGUUGCUGAUAAAUCUUAACUUGUACUUAGCUGAUUUUUGAAAAAUCUUUGUAAUGAACCUUUGUCACCCCUCGGCUUUGGCCCGUAUGUAAUAGUUAC